CCGGAGGGCGGAGCUUGGAAAAUGCAUUGAAGGAAGAGAGCCUCAAAACACCCACCAAUCAAUCUGAGGAAUCCAGAAAGAUGGACACCGCACCACCGCCCACAUCAGAUGAUGACCCGAAGGAGGAAACCACAAAAUCCACUUUAUCCGAACGUCGUAGAGCUCUCUUUGAACCAUUGGAGCCCACAAAGGGUGGCACCAAUGGCUGCCGCACCACAGCAGAAGUCCUACUACCCCCACCAGACUUCGACUCCACAUCAUACCCCAAGGGAUGGUUAGUCGGAAAGAAGCGGAAGCUUGUGAAUGUUGAUGUUGUGGAGAGCAUGCGGAGGAUUGCCAUUCAAGAGAUGAACAGAAAGGACAGGGAGAUCAAUGGGCUUAAUGAGCAGCUAGAGGAGGAUGCACGAUGCCUCGAGCACCUCCAAAUUCAACUUCUACAAGAACGAAGCAAACGGGCAGAGGUGGAGAGGGAAAAUGCCGUGCUUCAGGACCAGAUCUCCAUGUUGAUGAACGUGCUCGAUGAGACCCAAGACGUGGCAGAGGAAGCAGCUCCAAUGAAUCCUUAGCGCCUGCAUACCCUUUUGUUUGAAAUAUUUUGUUAUUUUGAUGAGAUGUGUUAUCUAUAAAUUCCCCUAUGAAUGUAUGUUUUGUUAGGAUUUGACGCCUA